AUGAGCAUCACCGGCCUAAGCACUGACCGCGCGGCCAGCCACCGCAGCCUGCAGGUUAUUGCGGAGGUCAAAUGUGUAGUGCGAGAGCUCGUGGAGAACGCCAUCGACGCCGGAGCGAACGACAUCGCCGUCAAACUGAUCGAUUACGGCACUACAUCCAUCCGUGUGGUUGACAAUGGUCGUGGCAUAAAGGAAUCCAACUUCGAACAGCUGGCGCUUCGCAACACGACGUCCAAAAUCCAGAACUUCGAAGAUAUCUUCACGAAGCUCAACAGCCAUGGGUUCAGGGGGGAGGCGCUAAACUCAAUCGCAAAUGUCGGCGUGCUCGAUGUGGUGACUCGCGUCGCCGAAGAGGACAUGGGAUGGGAGUUGAAGUUCAAAUCGGACGGAACGCUGCGUGAAAAGAACAUGGUGGCGACGAAGGUGGGAACUACGGUAACAUGCCGCAAUCUUUUUGAGCCGUACCCCGUUCGGCGCAACCUUCUGCUCAAAAACGCUAAAUCACAAAUACCUGGCAGCGUUGGAAUCGUGCAGCAAUACGCCCUGAUCCAUCCGGAGAUACGCUUUGCCGUCUCCAACGUCUCAUCCUCCAGCUACCAAAUGCAGAGCCUCUUUACGAGCCCGGGGAGCUGCAAUACUAUCCGAGAGGUUUCAGAGCAGAUUUUUGGCUCCAACUUCGUGAAAAACGUAGUUGAUGUUUCGCUCAGCGGCGAUGGGUGGAGCGUUGAGGGGGUAAUCAGCACGCCGCAGACGGGGCGACAGAGCAAGGACAUACAGAUCCUUUUCGUGAACCGUCGCCCGGUUGACGAAAUGAAGAAGAUUAAAAGGUGCCUAAAGGAGGUGCAUCGCCAGUUCUCGAGCAGGAACAACGUCGCCUAUGUCCUGAACCUGACUAUCGAUUGCCAUCAAGUCGACGUCAACCUGGCACCGGACAAACGCCGCCUAUUCUUGAUGCAGGAGGAAAUUAUAACCCAGCAGCUGAAGGAACGGAUGGUGGAUCUGUAUAUGAUGAAAAUGGCGAAGGGAUCUCUUGUAAACGACCCACUGUCAUUAAAGCAGAUGCAGUUCAGCAUCUCAGGUGACAUGGAACACGGCGACAAGGCGGUGUCUCGCGGAAGUAGCGACGAGUUCAAUAGUCGUACCCACAGCGUAGAUAAGGCUACGCAAAGUGCGUCAAGCAAAGGUGAGUCCAUGGCUGGGAUGCUAACUUCGCAAGGAACAAACCAACCGGCAGCACGGGGUGAUCUGGUCUUACAGUCACGACUUGGGCUGACCACUGGCGCCUUUCAACAAACAACCUCUAAACUGUCAGAAAUGCAACACAACACAUAUGGUGACGGGGAUGCAUCCGAGGCAGUCAAUUCUGCCUUCAUAGCCCUGGAAACGGCUCGGAGUGGAGAGGGCAUUAUGUCGAAACAGUCAGCAGGGAGGCCCGCAUCCGUACGUUUCAGGGAAACAACAUCGCAUCAGCAAAUGCUCGACUCUUAUAUCAUGAUGCCAAAUCAUAACACAAAGCCAUCUACGGAACACAUGGGCACAGGCGGGUAUGAAAGUGAACCACGGAACGACCACAGCGAUGCGACCCUAGUAGAUACCCACGACGAACUAAAUGGAACAAUACAACCAACUGUGCAAAGCAAUAUGCCAAUUCGUUCCCAAGGAUCGGCUGUUGGAACAAAGUCGUCACAGAUGGACAUGCACCUGGACUACAAGGACACCAUCAGUAACCAAAGGUCGACAGAUACACGAGGUAAUGCAGGCGUAUCGCACUUGCACAUGGCAGGUGAGACGAAUGUGGAAGUUGACGGAGACACUGAAACGUAUAACCGAUCAUCCAGGCCGGAAAGCGCAAGGAGCUCUGACCCUCAAGCUUCUAAUGACAACAGUUUACAGGGACAUGAUGACGUUAAACUGGACGACAGUGUUAAUAUAUCAUCGCAGGGAGUUGCUACUCAGGAGUCGGUAAGCGAGGGCUGCUUCUUCAACGACGACACCCUUAAAGUGAACAUGGCACGCCUUUACAACGACAAUAUGUGCACCACGAUCAGUCAGCGCACGUUAAAUAGAAACAACUACAGUGAAAAUGUGCCUAUGCUCAGCGAUUAUGGAAUGAUGGACCCGAAGGUAUUUCUGAGGAUGAAGGUGUGCGGCCAAUUCAAUAACGGGUUCAUCGUCGCCAAACUGGAGGGAACCGAACUGCACACAGAGGAAAUACAGUACUCGGUAUACCUUAUCGAUCCACACGCAGCGGACGAGAAAACGAAGUUCGAGCAGUACAACGCCAGCGUAAAAAUACACAAACAACCCCUGGUACACCCGCGAAGAGUGGAUCUAUCCCCAUUCCAUCAGCAAGUUGUGCUGGCCAACAUAGAGCUGCUGAAGGAGAACGGGUUCGAUGCUUUCUUGGUCCCGAAGACCGAGCCCUCGGAUGAACCAAAAGCAGCAGUGCAGGAACCGGGAAUCUAUCUGCGCUCCUUCCCACAAUUGAUGGGUCAAAUACUGGGCGAAGAAGAUUUCGUAUCUUUCGUGCAUGAUCUGGCUCAAAACGGGGUCGCAGCGCCUAAGGAUAACAAAUCCAGCGAUGCACGGCAAUUUCUCUGGGGCAGCAACACGAUAUUGCCGCGCCCCAAGCGCAUCUGGAACAUUUUGGCAACCAGAGCCUGCAAAGACGCAGUCAAGCUCGGAGAGCCACUGUCUCUUAAACAAAUGGAGAAGAUAAAGCGCGGACUCGCCAGUCUGAUACACCCCUGGAAUUGCCCGCAUGGACGGCCGACAAUGAAGUGUCUGAUAACCACGGAGCAGAUGAAGAAAAUCAUAAACGGCUAG